GGCCCGUGGGUCUGUCAUCCAGAUUCUGUUCAUAAUGAACUGUUUUCUCCAUUCGUCUUGUCUUGGAUUCGGACUUGUUAUCCUCACCUACUCUGAAAUCGGGUCAGUGUUGGAUCAGCUAAUAUGAGUGCAGACCCGGCAUUCAAGACGGACGCAAAAGCCCUGUCGGUCGACCAGGAACGUGGCAUCGUCGAGGAACAUGAGGCAAAGAACCUGUCCAAAGGACUCGUCCAGCGCCAUGUGCAGAUGAUUGCUCUUGCGGGCGCAAUUGGCACUGGUCUUUUCCUUGGUCUCGGCAGCUCCAUCCAAACUGGAGGUCCCCUCGGUUCGUUGCUAGGAUAUCUUCUCGUCGGAGUCGUCGUAUGCGCCGUCCAACUUGGUCUCGGUGAGGUAUCGGCCCUCAUGCCCGUCACUGGUUCGUUUGUCCGCCAUGUCGAAGUCCUCGUCGACCCAGCCCUCUCCUUUGCCGUCGGCUGGAACUUGGUCUAUCAAGCAUUCAUCGGCGUGCCUAGCGAAAUCUCGGCCGCGGUGGUCUUGAUCCAGUACUGGACCGAUCUCAACUCGGCCAUCUGGGUGACCGUCCUCAUUGUGUUUUCCGCCAUUGUCGCCUUCACCUUUAUCCGAGUCUACGGCGAGAUUGAGUUUUCCCUUACAAUCUUAAAGAUCCUCCUCGUUCUUGGAAUCGUGUUGAUGGGAUUGGUUAUUGAUUUGGGAGGUGUGUCGGGACAGCCUCGUCUGGGAUUUCAUUACUGGAAGACCCCAGGGCCGAUGGUGGAGUAUAUCGCGACCGGGUCUUGGGGUCGAUUCUUGGGUUUCUGGGCUGUCAUGAACAACGCCGUCUAUUCGUUCUACGGCAUCGAGAGUCUGUCCAUCAUGGCGGCAGAGAUCCGGAAUCCUCGCCAGAACAUCCCCAAGGCUUGCAAGAGGGUGUUUUUUCGUGUAACCCUCUUUUACCUGCUGGCUGUGUUUAUCGUGGGACUGCUGGUUCCGUCCGACGAUCCUCGACUUUCAGGGGACUCUGGAACAGCUGCUCAGAGUCCGUUCGUCAUUGCUGCCGUGGACGCGGGUAUCAAGGUGGUCCCGUCCAUCAUUAACGCAGUCGUCCUGAGUUCGGCAUGGUCUGCUUCUAACCAGAGUAUCUUGACCGGCACUCGAACGUUGUAUGCGCUGGCUCUGAAGGGCCAUGCGCCCAAGAUGUUCCUGCGAACGACAUCCCACGGUGUUCCGUGGGUAUGCGCCAUUGCCCAGAUGACCUUUGCCUGCCUGGCCUAUCUCACCUGUUCCAACAGUGCCUUGACGGUGUUCAACUGGAUGGUGGAUUUGACUGCGGCCGGAGUCUUGGUCUCAUGGGGCACGAUUGCCCUGAACCAUAUCCAGAUGUUGCGCGGCAUGAAAGCGCAGCAGAUUUCUACCAAGGAAUUACCUUGGCACAACUGGUGGAGUGUAUACCUGUCUUGGUUUGCCCUUGUGAUGUGCGUUAUCUUCCUGCUCACAGGAGGAUUCACCGUGUUCACCAAAGGCAAUUGGGAUUCGGCCACCUUUGUUUCUGCAUAUCUAGAUAUCCCCAUCGUCCUCUUCCUCUAUCUCGGCUACAAAUUCUUCGUCAAAACCAAGCUCGUCUCAGUACAUGACAUGCCUCUCCGAGAAGCCCUGGAUGAAGCGCACAACGACCCCGAAAACGUGCCUAUCAAGACCAACAAAUGGUCGCGAUUUAAUAUUCUGUGGGGAUGACCGGGUGUUUACCUCGCACCGUUAAAAGGGUCUCCUUUGCAUAACUUCCAUUCAACUGGAUUGAAUUGAAUUUGUUAGACCUGUGGUCUCAACAAAAAAUGAAGCUUACUCAACAUAUUUCAUGAUAAUACGACUGGACAUGCUGUUUGGCAUUUGUAUAUAUACCCCA